AUGCAGUACUCACAGACUUCCCGGAGAGAAGGUGGCCCUGCAAUUGAGUAUUCACCAGACUCGGACGCAGCGGUGGAUCAGACCGAGAAGUGGUAUAAGGAACUGGAGGGCUACGUAAAUUUCGACGACGAGUCCGAGUACCUUAAAGUAUACUUGUCGGAGGAUGCAACACAGCAGAAAGAGCGGGUUCACCAGGAACCUCGGCUGCCUGGCAACUCUUGGUUUGCUUCUGGCACACUAAGCGGCGACGAGAACACAAGCAGUACGCCUGCUGGCCCGCAUCCUUUCCCCUUACUUCGGAGACCUUUCCGAUAUGUACCAGCCUACGAGAAUGUGCUAGCAAAUACACAGACUCCUAAUGUUGGAUGGCGUGGAACACUUCAUGGGUACCUCACACAUCUGCCUCAAUUCAGGCGAAUUGAGCGUGAUGGGAAGACGGGAGACUAUUGGGUCCUCGACGUGACCAAGAUCCAUGGACACAGUUUGCGUGCCUGCGUUCCGUCCUCAUUCACCGUCCGCACUUCCUCCACUUGCUUGCACGAUAAAAUUCCCGGAGCACCCAGUGUAUUUGAAGCUGAAGACGGCUCAACAGCCUUCCAGCAGGGUGUUAGAACAUGCGCUCAGUCCGGUCCGCCGCCAUCACCAUCUAACUGCAAAGAGGGGGACCAAUUUGAAGAGUCUGGUCGCAACGUUGACAGGUCAAAAAUUGACGGUCUUGUUCUUUCCAACAACAUCACUACCACCGCCUGCCCGCCGCGCUGGCACACACUUCAGUAUAUCAAAGGCACAGAAAAGAACGAGGGGGUAUACAUCCGUGAGUAA